AUGAAAUCCGAGGAGGAACUCAAAAAUGUUUUAUUGAAUGUAUGAUUGUAUUCUAGAAUAAGAAUUUGUAAAGAAAUGGGCGAAGACUAGGUAUAAGAAGCGAUUGCUAUGUACUGUGUCGAUACUGUUCGAAAAAAUAAUGCUAGGAAGGAUAAACGAUUCGUAGGUAUGCAAAUCAAGAUAUUUCAUUGUGCACGGAAAAAUGCGAGUUGUGUUGCGAGCUGUGUAAUGGUUUCAAACCCGUAGUUUGAUGGGUAAGGAUAAGUUCAGGCGAAUUCGCUAUAAUUUUGUCCGCGUGGCUGGCGCUUUGUGGCGAAAAAUUGUAUCUGCGACGCUGAAAAAAUAAUGGGAAGGAGAAAUACCAGAAACCCUUAUAUCAAAAGAUAUUAAAGAGGGUUUGACAUCUUUCAAUUUAUUAUUCUGUAAGUUUGUAGAUUUUUGUGUGAUUUCGGCGGGAGACUUAUUAGGGUGUUGCUCAAACUUUAUUUGUUCUUUAGAGAUACUGUUUCUCAAAAUAUAAGAAAUGUGAACGAGCUCAUUUUCUGAAUUUUUUUUAAUCUCUCUAGAAUUUGGGUUUACCCUUCGGUCAAGCAUUCAGGUUUAGCAGGAACUGGUUUCAGAAGUACCAUAAGCACAAAGGUGAGAAGAUAAGCGCUUAUAUUUUAGUUUUCAAGUCACAAAAAGACGAAGAAAAUGCUGAAAAAAGGUGCAUUGGCCCCGAAAGUAUUCACAUGUACAGGAAAACGACCAGUUUUAGGAAUAUUUUUUUUUUUGUAAAGUAGCGUGUACAAUUUUCCUUCAAUUCAUAUUGUGGUACAAUGUUGAAAAUCACAAAUGUACGCGUUCAGUUCCAAUAAAAUUGAAGCCAGGAAUACCUAAGGAAAAUUUCAAGAGCAAAAAUUUUUUCAGAGAAGAGCUCGAUUUUUUUUAGAAGCGAAAAACGAACGCGGAAUGAAACCCACAUAAUAAAUUCUCCAUGCUCGAAUCGUUGUUUACUAAACUUCACGGCCAGAAAAUUAAGCAACGCUCUGAAAUUCUGAAGCUAUAGGAUUUAGCACAAAUUCUUCGAUUGAAAUAUGCUUUUAGGACUUAUUAACACUAAAAAAAUGAUAUCUACCGGUCCAUAGAGUCGUCUGAAUGUCGUAGAGCAUCACUUGAAGUCAGCAAAUUUCAGUUUUAUUUUUCAGCCAUGAUUUGUAUCGCGUUUGGGAAUCGAAGCAUGGUUAACCCAGGGUUGUAUUCCCCAGUAUAUUUACCUUUCAUUCUUAACUCUACAAGAUCCAUCUCGACCGGGAAGUAACACGAAACGUUAUGCGCUGUAUCUUGGCAGGCACAAUGUGUUUUAUGUUGUUCUCAAAUGACUUUUAGAAGGUUUUGUAAUUUGUUUGGGAUUAAGUUCCCGAACGUUUCGCAGUUUUAACACUCACGAUUUUUUAGUUUUUUCUUUAGUUCCAGGACACCAUUUUUCUUUUGGAGUGAGAUACUACUAGUUAUGAUUUUUUUCGGCCACCGUUUCCUUGACAGAAACAACGUCAAUCAAUAGCCAAAAGGAAAGCAAAAACAUUGGUGGAAGCACUGUGAAAAUUGUUGCAAAAGACGGGUCUUGGGGUAGUAAACGUGCCUCCAAAAAUCAAACUGAGGAAAGUAAGAGUUUUAACAUACCAAAUGAGAUUCAAUACCUUGCAGGUAAAGAGGAGGAACAGGUUUUCAUCCACAGGACCAGCAGUUGUCCGGAACUUUACAAGUGCGAAUCAACACACGAUGACAAGAAGGACAUGUGUGAAACAUACUCUUCUUUGGGCGAACCAAAUCCAACUUUAGACGUUUCUUUCGAAUUUCCAGAUAAUUCAUUAAAUGUGGAAAAGGAGCAAUUGAAAGAUAAAACUUCUAACAUAAAUAAAGGGGUCAAGGCUGAAAGCAAGAUUGUGAGCCCUGAAAUACACCGAUGUGGUGAGUUUAGGAUUAACCUUAGAAAUAUUUAGUGGCAUAAACUGAAACCAGAUUUCAUCGUUUUAUUCUUAUGGAGAAUUUAAAGUUACAUUCUGUUUCCCAAUUUAAUUAACUGUAAACUAAAGUUAAAUGAGACCCAGUUCAGACGCCGUGCUUCUGACGUGCCGAACUUAAUUCCGUCUGAAUCAGAGCCGUGGUUCCGCCGUGCUAUAGCCGAAUCUAAUUGCAAUUAAGUUCGCCACGGCAGAAGUACGUCGUCUGAACUAGGCCUGAGUCUUUCAUUAUCUAUUGAAUAGCCUUUUGGGUUCUAGCUUUAAGGGAGAAAGAGAACAUGGUUGCAAUCAGGUGAAUUAGAUGCUUUUCUGGCUCAACCAUGGCUGCAUAAUUUUGUCUUUUCAGAGGACCGAGAAAAGAGUGCUAAUUUAACCUUAGACAAAGAUGACAUCUCCGAAGUGCAGAACGGGAACAGGAAUUUAAGCAUUAAAACUUUGAUGAUGAAAGAAGGAGUUGUUAUUCAAGACUCUCCUUCCAAUGAUACUGAAGAGUCUGUAACCAGUCAGUGGCUGAAAUCCAAGCAGGAUGCAGGGGAGCAGAAAGCGUGCGAAAACACAAAGACCGAUGCGCGCUUUGAAGUCUUUAAGGAA